AUGUUCCGCCGUGCUCUCCUCCAGCAAUCCCGCCAGUUCUCAUCUAGGACAUUUGCCGCCGCGGCGAAGCCAUCAUUCUCAAUCGUCCUUCCAUCCAUCCGACAAUGCGCCCCUACACUAUCCCGGGGCCGUUUUAUGUCCACAGAGGCUUCAUCAGAGAAGGCUACCGAAGAGUCAAAGCCUGAAGCUGCUGCCGCUGCCUCAAACGGUAACGGAAAUGGAGAUCUUAAGGCUGAAUUGGAGGCUUUAAAGAAGGAGCUGGAGAAGAAGACCGAGGAGGCAAAGGACUUUAAAGAUAAAUUCACCCGCACUGUCGCCGACUUCCGUAACCUCCAGGACCGCACCGAGCGUGACAUGAAGGCUGCCAAGGACUACGCUAUUCAAAAGUUCGCCAAAGACCUUGUUGACAGCGUCGACAACCUCGACCGUGCCCUCUCGGCUGUUCCCGAAGAGAGCCGAGCUGACGCCGAGAACAAGAAGGAGCUCGUGGAUCUCUACAAUGGGUUGAAGAUGACAGAGGGCAUUUUGUUGAACACGCUGAAGAAGCACGGAUUGGAGAAGAUCGACCCUAUUGGUGAGGCGUUCGACCCCAACAGACAUGAGGCCAUGUUCCAGGUACCGAUGGCCGACAAGGAGCCUGGUUCGGUAUUCCAUGUGCAGCAAACUGGUUUCACAUUGAACGGGCGAACUAUUAGGGCUGCCAAGGUCGGCGUUGUAGCGAGCGCGUAA